ACAAGUAUCUAUGGUUGGUCGGAAAUCUUCCAUCUUCACAAGUGAGCGGCUACCAGGGUGUGCAGAAGUGGAUCUGUCGUUUGUGUGUAGUUGAAAUCCAAACUUCUGCGAUUACCACGGUCUUCACACGUCUCCUGCAUUUAACGGAACAAUAAUGGGAGAUCCCACCAUCCACAGAGAUUGCCCACUUGAUUGCAAGGUUUAUGUGGGGAAUCUAGGGAACAAUGGCAACAAGACAGAACUGGAGAGAUCCUUUGGCUACUAUGGCCCCCUGCGCAGUGUUUGGGUGGCCAGAAAUCCUCCAGGUUUUGCGUUUGUUGAAUUUGAGGACCCCAGAGAUGCAACAGAUGCUGUGAGAGAACUGGAUGGAAGAACACUGUGUGGGUGUCGUGUGAGAGUAGAACUGUCCUCUGGGGAGAAACGCUCCAGGAAUAGAGGACCACCCCCAUCGUGGAACCGCCGCCCACGGGAUGACCGGCGACGCAGUCCAAACGCAAGACGCCGCUCACCGAGGAAGAGGAGCUUCAGUCGCAGCCGCAGCAGGUCUCCGUCCCGAGACAGGAAACGGGAGCGGUCUCUCUCUCGUGAAAGGAACCACAAGCCUUCAAGGUCCUUUUCAAGGUCAAAGAGCCGUUCUAGGUCUAACGACAGGAAAUGAAAACGGUGAGGAACUUGACGUGUUCCUGGUAGAAGAACCCUUUUCAAAAGGAUGUGAUUCGAUGAGUGUGUGUGUCUGUGUAUCACGUACCUUCUCAUUUUCCUCACUACAAUGUGAGACUGUGUGAACCGUCCCAGGUUAACUGUAAACAAAUAUCAAAAUUCAAGAUUGCUUCUGCAUUUUUUGUUUUCCAUUCUGCUAGCCCAGUGUCCUUGUUUUAAAAGGUAAACGUCUCUUUCUCUCAGCUAUACACCCUUUCUGUUUGCCUUUAGCAGCCACCAUUGCCUUGUUGAUGCUGUAACCCCCAUAGAACAACCUUUUGCUUUUUUUUUUUUUACCAAAUUGUUGAAGGUUUCUCUUUCUUUUAAUUAAAAUGUUAGUGAUUA